CGCCAGCUCCGCCCUCCGAGCGCCGGCGCGCCAGCCGCGGCCUGUGGCGCGCCCGGCACCAUGAUCUCGACCAAGGAGAAGAAUAAAAGCCCGAAGGACAGCAUGACGCUUCUGCCCUGCUUCUACUUCGUGGAGCUGCCCUUAGUGGCGUCCUCCAUCGUGUCUCUCUACUUCCUGGAGCUGACGGACCUCUUCAAGCCGGCCAAGGUGGGCUUCCAGUGCCACGACCGCACGCUCUCCAUGCCCUACGUGGAGGCCAGCGAGGAGCUCAUCCCGCUGCUCAUGCUGCUCAGCCUGGCCUUCGCCGCGCCCGCCGCCUCGAUCAUGGUGGGCGAGGGCCUGCUCUACUGCCUGCAGUCCCGGCUGUGGGGCCGCAGCGGGGGCCCGGGCGGCCCCGAGGGCAGCAUCCACGCCGGCGGCUGCAAUUUCAACUCCUUCCUUCGGCGGACGGUGCGCUUCGUAGGCGUCCACGUGUUCGGCCUGUGUGCCACGGCCCUGGUGACUGACGUCAUCCAGCUGGCCACAGGCUACCACGCGCCCUUCUUCCUGACGGUCUGCAAGCCCAACUACACCCUGCUGGGCACGUCGUGUGAGGCCAACCCCUACAUCACGCAGGACAUCUGCUCUGGCCACGACGCCCACGCCAUCCUGUCUGCACGGAAGACCUUCCCAUCCCAGCACGCCACCCUGUCUGCCUUCGCUGCCGUCUACGUGUCGAUGUACUUCAACUCGGUCAUCUCGGACACCACCAAGCUGCUGAAGCCCAUCCUGGUGUUCUCCUUUGCCAUCGCGGCGGGGGUCUGUGGCCUCACCCAGAUCACGCAGUACCGCAGCCACCCCGUGGACGUCUACGCGGGCUUCCUCAUAGGUGCCGGCAUUGCCGCCUACCUGGCCUGCCACGCAGUGGGCAACUUCCAGGCCCCACCGGCAGAGAGACCAGCGGCCCCAACGCCGGCCAAGGACGCGCUGCGGGCGCUGACCCAGCGGGGCCACGACUCGGUGUACCAGCAGAACAAGUCCGUGAGCACCGACGAGCUGGGCCCGCCCGGGCGGCUGGAGGGCGUGCCCCGGCCCGUGGCCCGCGACAAGACCUCGCUGGGCAGCCUGAAGCGGGCCAGCGUGGACGUGGACCUGCUGGCCCCCCGCAGCCCCAUGGGCAAGGAGAACAUGGUGACCUUCAGCCACACACUGCCCCGCGUCAGCACGCCCUCGCUGGACGACCCCGCCCGCCGCCACAUGACCAUCCACGUGCCCCUCGACGCCUCGCGCUCCAAGCAGCUCAUCAGCGAGUGGAAGCAGAAAUCGCUGGAGGGCCGCGGCCUGGGGCUGCCCGACGAGGCCAGCCCUGCGCACCUGCGGGCGCCUGCGGAGCCCAUGGCGGAGGAGGAGGAGGAGGAAGAGGAGGAAGAGGAAGAGGAAGAGGAGGAGGAAGAAGAGGAGGGGGAAGAAGGGGGUCCCGCCCCCCCCUCGCUGUAUCCCACCGUGCAGGCCCGGCCCGGGCUCGGGCCGCGAGUCAUCCUUGCGCCGCGGGCCGGGCCGCAGCCGCUGGGGCACAUCCCCGAGGAGGGGGCCCAGGCAGCGGCCGGUCUGUCCCCCAAGAGCAGCGCAGCCGUGCGGGCCAAGUGGCUGAUGCUGGCCGAGAAGAGCGGCGCCGCGGCCUCCACGCAGCCCCGCGUGGCCAACCCGCCGCGGCUGCUGCAGGUCAUCGCCAUGUCCAAGGCCCCGGGCGGGCCCGGCCCCAGGGCGGCAGAGACCGCCUCGUCCUCCAGCGCCAGCUCCGACUCCUCCCAGUACAGGUCGCCGUCGGACCGCGACUCGGCCAGCAUCGUCACCAUCGACGCGCACGCGCCGCACCACCCCGUGGUCCACCUGUCCGCGGGUAACGGGCCCUGGGAGUGGAAGGCGGCGGGCGGCGGGGCGCGGGGGGCGGAGGGCGAGGGCGGCUACGAGCCGGGCGACCCGGCUCGCGGCUUCCGUGCGGGGCCCCGGCCCCCGGGCGUGUCCCCAGGCUCCUCCGUGAGUGACGUGGACCAGGAGGAGCCGCGGUUCGGGGCCGUGGCCACCGUCAACCUGGCCACGGGCGAGGGGCUGCCCGCGCUGGGCGCCGCCGACGGGGCGCUGGGGCCGGCCGGCCGGGAGUCCACGCUGCGGCGCCCGGCGGGCGGCCCGGGGCUGGGCGAGCGCGAGGCGGCCGAGGCGGAGGCGGAGAGCUACUUCCGCAGGAUGCAGGCGGCGCGCAGGUUCCAGGACUGA